GUGGGGGGGCGCGCGCGUGCAUGCGUGCGCGCUCCUGGCGGCGGCAGAAGGCGGGGCUUCCUCGCGCUCCUGGUGCUCGAGCGUGUCCCCGGCGGUUUUUUCCUUCUGCGUUUGAAAAGGAGGGAAAAAAAAAAUCAGGGUUGUUUUCCCGGGGGGCGAGGGCGGGCGAAAACCCGACGAAAAAGCCGCAGUUUCUGUUUCGGAGAGGAAGGGGGGGGGGAUUUGACGCCGCGCCGGUUCCCGAGAAGCAGAGGCCGGAGAGGCCGCCGCCAGCGCGGGAGGUCAUGAAGCUGACGGAUAACGUGCUGCGGAGCUUUCGCGUCGCCAAGGUGUUCCGGGAGAACUCGGACAAGAUCAACUGCUUCGACUUCAGCUCCAACGGCGAGACGGUCAUCUCCAGCAGCGACGACGACUCCAUCGUGCUGUACGACUGCCAGGAGGGAAAGCCCAAGAGAACCCUGUACAGUAAGAAGUAUGGUGUGGACCUCAUCAGAUACACGCACGCAGCGAACACCGUGGUCUACAGCUCCAACAAAAUCGACGGUACGUUUCUCCUUGAACAGCUUGCAUGCUUAAGUAUUGACACCCUCUGUCUUAAGUUAUCUAAUUCAGUAAAACGGGCUGACACCCCUAUCCCUGAGCCUGGGGACCCCCCCCCCCCCCCCCAAUCUUGAAGAUUGGGGAUGCUG